UUCUUAUUUGUAAAAUGUUUGAUAUAUUUAACAAACAACGUCUGGUUUGGAUCCUCAGAUUCUGAAAACAUUCGGUUGGUUGGUGGAGACCAUCGUUGUGCCGGAAAACUGAAGAUGAAGAACAUGGGAGAAUGGAGAUCUGUUGGUGGCUAUAAUAUUAACAUGAAGCUUGCAGAGUCUGUAUGUAAACUGAUGGACUGUGGUUCACCAAUCACAGUCAGAAGAAGACGACAAGACUCUAGAGAGGAUGUCUGGGGACUGGAUGGUAGCUGUGAUGGAUCUAAUUUAAUGGAGUGUCGGAAAUACCUCAUGACUGGCAGGGAUUUUACUGAGAUCACCUGUUCAGAAUCCAUCAGGCUGGUGAACGGAGACAAUCAGUGUUCAGGCAGGCUGGAGGUGAAGUCUAACAACUCCUGGUCCAUAGUGUGUGAAGAUGACUUUGACCACCAGGAUGCAGAGGUGGUCUGUAGGGAGCUGGGAUGUGGGGCUACUUCAGUCCUCCAGGGGGCGCUCUAUGGAGAAACAGAGGCUCCAGAGUGGAGCAGAGAGUUCCUCUGUGAAGGUCAUGAGUCUGCUCUCCUGAAAUGUAGAAGUUCACAGCUCACAAGAUGGACCUGUCCUCCUGGUAAAGCUGUGGAGAUCACCUGUUCAGAUCCUGAUCAGGUGAUGUUGGUAGGCGGAGCCAGUCGUUGCACUGGUGAACUUCAUUUGAAACACCACCAAGAAUGGAGACCUGUUCAGUUAUUUUAUGGAUGGUCCCCAGAGUUAUUUCAGGUUGUUUGUCAUCGGCUGAACUGUGGUUCAUUUGUUUCUGAAGAAUUCAAAAGUGAUAGAGGAGAAAGACCUGUGUGGAGGAUCAAACCAGACUGCAUGAAGAGUUUGUCUUUGUGGAGGGAAUGUGUGGACGUGGACGAUUCUUCAAGCUCUGUCCAGAUAAACAUCACCUGCUCAGAAUCCAUCAGGCUGGUGAAUGGAGACAAUCGGUUUUCAGGCAGGCUGGAGGUGAAGUCUAACAACUCCUGGUCCAUAGUGUGUGAAGAUGACUUUGACCAGCAGGAUGCAGAGGUGGUCUGUAGGGAGCUGGACUGUGGGGCUCCUUCAUUCCUCCAGGGGGCGCUCUAUGGAGAAACAGAGGCUCCAGAGUGGAGCAGAGAGUUCCUCUGUGAAGGUCAUGAGUCUGCUUUACUCCACUGUAAAAGUAGCAGUUCAUCUCAGAAGUUCUGUUCUUCUGGUAAAGCUGUGGAGCUCACCUGUUCAGUCCCUUUAAGGUUGGUGGGAACGACCAGCCGCUGUGCUGGAGUUCUGGAAGUGUUCUACAGCAAAGAGUGGAGACCAGUUUAUGACUAUAUAUCAGAGGAGAACUGGAAUCAUGAAGCAGCAACUGCAGUGUGUUCACAGCUGGAUUGUGGUUCUUCUGUGUUCCAAGAAGUCACAGAAGAUUCUACAUGGAAAGAUGUGUGGUGGAUCGACUCCUCCUGUUGGAAGUCACUUUCUGAUCACUGUGUCUUUUAUUAUGAUUACACUGAGGACAGACUGGAGGUUUCAUGUUCAGGUAAACUGAUGUUUUUAUGUUUUAAACUAUAGAGAAAGUUAACUGUCAAAAUGAGACGUUUUCUCAAAGUAUGUGAAACUAUUGUGAAAAUGUGAAAACAUUUUUUUAACUCAAAUGUACACAUUGUAAGCUUGAAUGAAUUAUUGAAGAUUUAAAAAACAAGAGUUAAAAAUCUAAAACUCAAAGUUUUUACUAUUUAGCCUAAUUUUAUGUGGGGGACGAGUCUUUGAGAAUAUUAAAACCAGAGGGACAGAAAUGAAAAAGAAAAACACAAGUUGAAACUAAAAUUG